AUGGAGCAACGUAAAGAGUCUUCAAAUGAUGAAUCGAGUGACAAAGAGGCUGCUCUUCUUUGUUUGAUGGCAUGUGAGGAGAAAGUUGAGAGCUCACAAAAAGAUGAAGAAAGCGACAAUGAGGUUUGUUGCAAAGGAAUGAAGGAAAGUGAUAAAUGGUAUAUAGAUAGUGGUUGUUCAAAGCACAUGACUGGUGAAAAAGACAAGUUUUCAAAAAUUGCAAUGAAAGAUGGAGGAUAUGUAAAAUUUGGAGACAAAGGGAAAGGAAAAAUAAUUGGAAAUGGCACAAUUGGCACCAAACCUUGUAUUGAAGAUGUAUCGCUUGUUGAAGGUUUGAAAUACAACUUGCUAAGUGUAAGCCAACUGUGUGAUAAAGGCUUUGAGGUAAAAUUUACUUCGUCUCUAUGUACAAUCAAUAGUUUAGAUAAUGACACAUUGUUCAUUGCCAAUAGAUCAAAUAAUGUUUACUUGCUUGACAUGAAUAAUUUUGAAACUAAUCAUGGUACAUGUCUAGUAUCUCUUGAUAACUCUAGUUAUUUAUGGCAUAGAAGACUGGGUCAUGCAAGCAUGCAUACACUCUCAAAACUGUCUAAGAAAGAACUUGUUAAUGGUCUUCCUAAGAUUAAGUAUGAAAAUGAAUUUCAAUGUAGAGCAUGUGCACUAGGAAAGCAUACUAGAGCAUCUUUUAAGUCUAAGAAUAUUGUGUCUACCACUAGGCCAUUAGAAUUGCUUCAUCUUGAUUUAUUUGGACCCGUAACUCCUACUAGUCUUGGUGGAAAGUCAUAUGCUUUAGUUAUUGUUGAUGACUAUUCAAGAUAUACAUGGACAUUUUUCCUUGCUCACAAAGAUGAAACUUUUGAAAAAUUCACCUUGUUUGGUAAAAUGGUUCAAAAUGAAAAAGGCUUUUGCAUCUCAUCUAUAAGAAGUGACCAUGGAACUGAAUUUGAAAAUCAUUCGUUUGAGAAAUAUUGUGAUAAAUAUGGAAUCAAUCAUAAUUUUUCAGCUCCUAGAACACCACAACAAAAUGGGGUAGUAGAAAGGAAAAAUAGGACUUUGCAAGAAAUGACUAGAACUAUGUUGAGUGAAAAUAAUUUGCCAAAGUACUUUUGGGCUGAAGCUGUUAAUACAUCUUGUUAUGUGUUGAAUAGAGUUUUGAUUAGACCAAUUUUGAAAAAGACCCCCUAUGAGCUAUGGAAAGGAAGGAAACCAAAUAUCUCUUAUUUUAAAGCAUUUGGUUCCUCCGACGAUGUCCCUGUUGCGGCAUUGCGGAAGAAACUGAAAGGACAGCAAAACGUGUCGAAAUCAAAGUCAGUUAGUGAGUCUUCUCACUCGUCCAAGGGUGUCGAAUCCUCUAAAUCGACGCCAGAAAAGAAGAAGACGAUACAGAAACAAGGGACGGGUGCUCAAAAGAAAAUGGGUAUCGCAAAGCUUUCGGGUUCAGUGGAUAAAGCACUGUUGGAUUGCAAAUUCAUCAAAUGGGAGAACUUUAAUCAGGUAAACUUUCACUUUAAAGAGCUUUUUGAAUUUCAAGGUUGGUUGGGUGUCUGUGAAUGCGCAAAUGAAUAUUACCCUAGGCUUGUACAAGAAUUUUAUAGAACCUUGCGCACUGUUGAUGAUGAGGAUCGAUUUGAAGUAAUUUUGAAUACAAAUACAUAUAGUGUCUCUGUUGAAUUGAUAGCCACGGCUUUAAAUUUGCCCACUGAUGGAAAUAGAAUUUCCACACAUAAGGAUGUUGCUAGAGUAGCAGGUUUUAAUCUGGUUGAGUUUGAGAAUGAGGUAUUUCCUGCUAGCACUGCCAAAAUGAGAAAUCCACCAGAUGCAAAGCCCUCCAAAGAUAUCAAAAUUAUUCACAGUAUGGUAAACUAUGUGUUCUGUCCGAAAUCUGGCAGUUAUGGCUAUCUGAGUCACUUGGAUAUGUGUAUUAUGUGGCACAUUGUGAGUAAAGUUAGGUUAAAUUUAGCCUACUUAAUUUUCAAAAACAUGUGCAAGGCCUAUGGAAUUGGUAAACUGCCCUAUGCACACUUGUUGACUGCUGUGUUUAAAGAGCUAGAGGUGAAUGUCACUAAGGAAAGCUCUAGGGCUGACUUGAUAGUGCUUAGAGAAAUCCAUUCAGACACUGAUGGGAGAAAGACCAGAUUUGAAAAGGGUAGUUCUUUCAAUGCUAAAGUUGAUUAG